AUGCCAUUCUCGUCGCGUUCCUCGAGCGACCACUGGCCCCACUCGCAUCUCACCAUCCCACCGCCCGACCUCUGCUUCCCGCCACCCCAUCUCCCCUGCUCGCCGCCCGUGCUCCCCUUCCCGCUGUCUGAACUCCACUUUUUGCCGCCCGAAAUCCCCUUUCCGCAACCUCUAGCUUUACCCGCGCGUGCUCCUCUCGCCUCCCGGUUCACGUUCUCCUCUCGCCUCCCCACGCGCAUGAGACGCCUCUCUACGCAGCAUCCUCUCUCCUCCCCGGGCGCGCUCUUCUCGCCUCCUCGCGCAACAUCCUCUCGUCUCCCCGCGCGUGCUCCUCUCGCCUCCCCGCACACGCUCCUGUUGCCUCCCGACGUGCGCUCCUCUUGCCUCCCCGCACGCCAUCCUCUCGCCUCCCCACACGCGCUCCUCUCGCCACCCCGCGCGCACUCCUCUUGCCCUCAUCUCCCCCCCUGCCCCCAUUUCCCCCCCUGCUUCCUCUCUUUCCCCGCUCGGCUCCUCUUUCCCCACCUUCUCAUCUUUCCCCCCUCUGCUGUUCUUUCCCCUAUGCUUCUCUUUUCCCCCUCUUCUCCUCUUUUCCACCCUCUGCCCCUCUUUUCCCCCUUAGCCCCUCUUUUUCCCCCUUGCUCCUCUUUCCUCCUCUGCUCCUCUUUUCCCCCUCUGCUCCUCUUGUCCCCCUCUACACAUAUUUCCCCCCUCACUCCCUUCCAUCCCACUCAACUGUCACCCUUCCUCCCUGUUUAUCUCAACCUACUUUUUUUUCUCGCAUCCCAAAUGUUCUUACGCUUCCCCCCUCACUGCCUUCCCACAUUGGGAAUCCCCGGUCAUUAUUCAGAGUUGCCGUGGGUGCCAUUCUAG